GACUUCUAAAAAAAUCACUUUGACGGUCCAGUCGUAUCACGAAAGAACAGCACAGAAAGCCAACACAAACAAGAGAGGAAGAGAAACGGAAUCACUCAUUCGAUCAGUUACCGACCGAACCAAUCGCCGACGAAAUCAAUUUACCUCCCGACAACCUACGGCAAACCGCAAACAGUCAGCACCACACAACACCGGAACCACAAUGACGAACGAGAGCGAGUCCGUAGUGAAAUUCAUCCCCUUUUCUUCCACGGUCGAAUCGCCCUUUUGGGUGCGCUACUGCCACCUCAAGCUGGAAACGAUUCGGCUCAACGAAGACCCGAUCGACAUUCGGGCUUCUUACGGGGCAGCAGCAGCAGCCACGUCGGCGGCGACCGGCGGGACCAACCGCAUCCAGUGCCAGGAAUCGGGCCUGCUCCUUCCGGGGGCGGACGACGCCGGCGGACACGAUGCCGCACGGGAAAGCCCGAUCCCCAACGACCGCGUGGCGUGUGCCGGGGUCCUCCUCGGAUACAACACGAAGGAAUCCUUUCAAAAGGUCGACAAGAACAAGCUGCUGAAGGACGUCUUCUGCGACCGCUUUUUUGGUGCCUCGUCGUCCUCCCUGGCGGCCCCGUCGCUGGUCUUGCUCACCUUUCCCGACCUCAAGCAGCACAAGGUCCUGUACUGGUUUGGCUUUCCGACGAUCAUGGCCAGGGCCCCCAUCCUGGCGAGCACGGGGGGUUCGCCCGGGCAAUCCUGGUGGGCGGGCCUCGCGGAGGGACUGUACGCGUACCGCGUCAGGGAGGACGCCCUGCCGCCGUAUUUUGCGGUGCGGGCCGGCGGUUUCACCGCGGGGGACGAUCCCGGCCCGCUGGACAUUGCGGCGCCCCUCGAUCGGGACCACCGCGAGGCCCUGGAUCUUUCCGAGGGACAAGAAGCGGUCUUUGGAUUCGUGGAUCCCACGGCGAUCGGUGUUGCCAGCUCCAGCAGCAGCGGCAGCGGCACAAAGACAAACGACAUUUUGAUGAUGGGCUGGCCGAUGCGGAAUCUUGUUGCCUACCUCGUCCUGCAUUUGGGUUUGGGAGGGAAAAAGGUUCGGAUUCUAAGUCUCCGACCCGGGGGCUGCCCCGGCCUGAGGGGAAGGAUCGACGCGACCGACAGCAACGAGUUUGGUUCGAUGCUGUCGGCGGUGGAUGGCGAGCGACUGGCCGAGAAUUCUGUCCUGAUGACCGUCACGCUCCCCCAUUCCCGAGACUACGACUACGGAAAAAGCGACGGCAAGGAGGACACGAAAGAACCCACCUAUAAGGUUGUCGGGUGGGAGCUCAAUGCCCGCCAAAAACCCGGUCCCAGGUGGGUCAACCUCAAGCCGCUCCUGGACCAAAACCACCUGGCCAUUCAGGCGGCCGAUCUCAACCUCAAGCUCAUGAAGUGGAGAAUGAUCCCCGAGCUGGACGUCGAUCUCUUGCAAAAGAACUGCAAGGUUCUCUUGCUGGGCGCGGGAACGCUGGGCUGCUCCGUAGCUCGAACCCUCCUCGGGUGGGGGAUCCGCCACUUUACUUUUGUGGACUACGGGACGGUCAGCUACUCCAAUCCCGUCCGACAGGUCCUCUUCAACCUGGAAGACUGCCACUUUGACCACGGCCAGGGAAAGCCCAAGGCGGAGGCUGCCGCCGCCGCGCUCAAGGAGAUUGCCGCCGACGUGGUCAGUGAGGGCAUACGGCUGAGCAUUCCCAUGCCCGGCCACGCUUCCGAUAACGACGAAUCCCUCGCCGAGACGGUGGAUCGGCUGGAUGCACUGGUCAAGAACGCCGAUGUGGUCUUUCUCUUGACCGACACGAGGGAAUCGAGGUGGCUCCCGACCGUGAUGGCCGCGCACCACGACAAGAUUCUCAUCAAUGCCGCCCUCGGAUUGGAUUCGUGGCUGGUCAUGCGACACGGCCACGGUGGUGCCGAUCUCGGUGGCGACGACAACAGCAGCCAAAGCAAUCGGCUCGGGUGCUACUUUUGCAACGACGUCGUCGCCCCGGAGAAUUCCACCAAAAACCGGACCCUGGAUCAGCAGUGCACGGUGACACGGCCGGGACUGGCCCCCAUCGCCAGCAGCAUGGCCGUGGAGUUGCUCGUCUCCCUGCUCCACCAUCCCUCGAAACAGCGGGCCCACGCACCGGCGCCCGGAGGCAACAACAGCGGCAAUUUUGCCCCGACCGAACGUUCCGGUAGCGACAGCAGCCCGCUGGGGCUCAUUCCACACCAGAUCCGGGGCUCGAUCGUUACCUACACCAUGAUGACACCCUCCGUUCCGGCCUUUCGGUGCUGCACGGGUUGCUCGGCGCCCGUCCUGGCGGCGUAUGACGUCGACAGGUUCGGACUGGUGUCUCGUGCCUGCGCCUCCAUGGACGGUUCCUACCUGGAAAAUUUGUCGGGACUCACGGCCUUUCGUGCCGAAGCGGCCGAAAAACUCGCGGAUCUGGACGAGCUGGAUUGGGACGACGACGACGACGACGACGACGACGACGACGACGACGACGAGCUGUGAGAGCAGCGUCCGGUUUCAAUGUCGGUGACGCCUUACAAUCUUCAGCGUCAGGCAGAGAUACGGUACGGUAGAUUGGGAUUUGCAUUUGCUUUCUGGCAACUGCUACGAGUGAGAAGGCGACACCAUAUGAUGGUGGACAGACGCAAGCAGGAAUAGAAAUGGGAAUACCGAAAACAAAACUCUUAGACGAAUGCAAUGCAUAAAAAGCUAACUUUUCUUAUGCUAACAAACGGCAUCGAACGGUCCGACGAUAUACAUUUGAUGUGGCCAUUGCACAUUGCGGUAUUGCCUGCCUUUACGGUACAGAAGAAACAAUGUUGUUCACGGAUGCGGAAGCGACGAAAUCGACCAGUGGCUCAUGAUGAACAAGUGUGACUUUUCUUUCAGCUUUAAUCUCAAACGAGGAGCAAGAAUACCCUAACGCAAUUAAAGAAUCAAAUUUCAUUACACUAUAAAUAAAGAUUAAUAUCAAAC